AUGCUGAACUCCCUUGGCCUGGACACCUUAAAGCUCCGAAGCAAAUGGGUGGCAGCCUUCGACUACGACGAUUUGACGCAGGCCAUCAGCGUUCUGAUGUUGGGUGUCUGUAAGGGUCUGGCGACUUUCUCCGCGCUGCUGGGCUUUGUGAGUGACAUCGGGGCCUUGGGAAGCGCGGCCGGCCAGGUUCUCCAGAUGGGGCGCUGCCCUCGGCAGUUCGUUGCUGUUUGCGCGGCUGCCGCGGAUGAGCUGGACCGCUCCGAUCCUGGCCGGUCGGGAUUGCGAAGCGAGUGGGCUGUGGCCGGAGAGGUCCUGUUCGAGGAAACCACGCCGGCCAGCGGACUCGUGCGGGUUACAGGCUCGGGCGCCAGCAGCGGCGGCUCCUGGCGACGUUUGCGCUUCAACGGCAACACGGAGCAGAGCGUGCUUCUCGUGGAUGCGAGCAAGCAGGUACCGGAGUAUGGAGCCUUGGCCUUUGGCUAUCUGAAGUCUUUGGCUGCCGUUGGUGCAUCAACUGCCAGGGCACUGGGAAGACCUUCAACGCUGAGGGUCCUGGUCAUUGGAGUCGGCCUCGGCGCACUUCCCGGCUGGUUCUGCAAGAAGAUGAAGGCAGCUGUGGAUGCUGUUGAGCUUGAUCCAGCCGUGCUGCGAGCUGCCUCGGCGGUCGGCGGGAUCCCCGCGGGAGCUCUCCGCAGCGCAAGCAACGCAAAGGAGUGUGCAGCAGACGCUGCUGAGCAUCUCGAGUCCCAAAGCUUGCGCGUGUAUUGCUGCGACGGUGCGGAGUACGUGGCCGCUGCGCAGACUCAGGGACUCCGUUAUGAUCUUGUUGUGGUGGACGUCUUCGAUGGGCAAGGAGAAACUCCGCAGGCCUUUCUAGAUGACGAGUUUGGCACAGCUCUGGGUUCCAUUGCGGAGUGUGCGGUUGCCAACCUCACCUGCCCAGCGACUAGGCCGCCUCUCUUGUUGCGGCGUGGCGGCGGGGAUUCGGCGCUAGUGCUGGAGCUGCAGCCUUGGAACAUCAUCCCCGCCGUCACGCCCGUGGGCUGUCCCCCCGAAGAGUUCCUGGUCCAAGCCGCCCAAGAGCUGGCUCGCACAGGGACCUUCGCCAUUUUCUCAGCCAAUCUGGGGGAGACCUGUCCAGUACCUGAGGCCUUCGACCCGGGUCUCAUCGGUUUGCCCCGCGCCGACCUCAAAGAUGAAAGGCUGAACCUUGCGGCUGGCUAUCGCUCCGAUGACUUGCAGGCGGUGUCCAAGAUGGUGCAGAGCCCUACCAGUCCCAGCGCGGGUCAGGGCCGCAACCAGGUGGGCGUCAGCGUGUACAACGUCAGCGCUUCCGACGCAUCCGUGAAGAUUCAUACGCGCGAGGCUCUGCUCGAUCUCACGAAGACUUUCGGAGGUGAAGUGACACGCCAGCUCCGCACCUCCGCAAGCUCAGUGCAGGCCCUGGAAGCCAUCAUUCGCAUAGACGAGAUCGGCAUCACCGCUGCGAAUUUUGAUAGCUUGGCAGACACACUCAUCAGGACGUACCAGGGAAUCUCAAACCUGCAGUUGGCACCCUCGGGGCAGAUUGAGCGCAUAUAUCCGCUCAAGGACGACACCCAGGAUAACACGCCUGCCUUGGGAUUAAAUCUUCUGGUACAUCCCUCCCACAAGGCAGAGGCAGUCGCGUCUGUGCUGGAGAGGAGGACCACUGUGAUUGGCCCACUUCGGCUGCUGCAGGGAGGCAAUGCCCUCAUUGUUCGGCACCCCAUCUUCUCAGCCUAUGCUCCUCAGUACCUUCCCGAUGCAUGGUACGCAGAGAAUGGCGUCAACCACACGCGGAUCUGUUCGAUUCCGGGCUUCCGUUCUGAUGGCUGCUCCUUUCCGGGUCCCAUCGAGGGUGGAGUGCCGACGUACUUCUGGGGCUUCGUCACAAUGCUCGCCAGAGUGGAGGACCUUACGGCCCCAGUGGGGCUCAACCGUCUGGAGGCUGGAGACCGCCACGUGGCGGGAAUGACGACGUUUGCCUACCGGAUCUUUGACAAUGAUCCACAUCCGUCACUUGAGGAUGCUGUCUACGCGCAGUCCUCUCAAGCUCAAAGAUGGACGGACUUCGUGCAGGUCAAUGUUCUUGCGGAGGAGCUGGGCAUCGACUGGACCUUGCAGGUGAUGCCACUUCACGGCUGGCCGCUGGUUUCAGCAGACUUCUGGCGACAGCUGCUAGUGGUGUUGCCGAUGACGGGACUGUUAGGGGUGGGCCUUGGCAUCAGCAUCCUCAUCACGAUGCGCAGAAGAGCCCAGCAGCUGUUGAGGCUGGAGGAGUACCGCCGUGAAGUGAUUGCCAGAACUAUUCUUGCGUCCAUCUCGAACCUGGACCUGCUUCAGUUUCCCAUGUGCCUCUUGACCGUGCAGGACUUCCUCUCCUUGGGGGAGCUCAUUUGCCACGAGGACGCUCGCGAAGCGCGACGCCUUCGCUGCAUCGAUAUGGCCGAGGAGGCAGCGAGGAUGUGCCAAGAGGAGGGUGUGGCUUUCCUGAGCCAUCAGUGGGCAAGCUUCGAGCAUCCCGAUCCAGACGGCGUGCAGUACAGGGCUAUGGUCAAAGCGGUGGAGGAGGUCCUGGCACGUGGCAUCAAGUGCAGCUGGAUUUGGGUGGAUUAUUGCUCCAUCCCGCAGCGCAACACAUUUCAACAGCAGACUGCCAUCAAUUCCUUGUCUGUCUACGCAUCCUACUGCUCCGUCUUCUUGUCGGUUGUUCCGCCCUGCAUCCACGCAGACACAGGGCAUGACAUCGACAUCAAUUCCUAUUGCUCGCGCGCGUGGUGUCGGCUUGAGAAGUUAAGCUAUGGCACUGCAGGCUGGAAUUCAGACGGGCGCCUGGCCUUCAUGUGCACGCAAGAGGGCAUAAGCAACGAUUGGGCAGCCAUCUUCGAUGAUGAGUCCGUCUUGGAUGUUGCGGGCGGUGCAUUUAGCUGUUGCACGCGAAACCAUCCUGAUGGUAAGCCCUGCGACAAGCAGAAGAUCGUUGGCGUUCUUUUGGGCAUCUAUUGGCGCCUGCUUGCUACGGUGCGCGAUGCACCAGAAAAUGCAGCCAGGGCCACAGCCCUUCUGAAGCUGAUUGACCACGAUGAGAAGCGGUACUUUCCUCCUUACACGACCUAUUUCUCUGACGCUGGCUCUACGCGGGUUGAACUCUUCGAUGGCUUUCUGCCCGUGCUCAGAGACAUGUUCCUCCAAGACACAGAAGCUGACCAUCAUCAGCGAGUUGUGGUGCCGGGAGUGGGUGAUUUGCAGCUGGACGACUUCCUGUCCCAGGCUCAUUCCAGGGUCAAGGUGCGCACGACCAGCCUGUGA